AAUUUUCUGGGCCAAGACCCGAUUUCAAGGUCAAUGUAGACCCGAUUACCCGCUUCUGGAAAUACCCAACUUGAACUGGUUCCGUAUUCGACGUUCAUCUCCCUAUCUCUAUCUCUAUCUCUCUUGGGGAAGCUUUCGUUCAGAUUUUGGUAGAAUGGUGAUGGGUUCAUCGAAAGGUAGAGUGAAAGCAUGGUUCAAUAAGAAAAUCACCGAUCCUCUUCUCCAGAUCUUGCGUAGAGGUACUGAGCCUAAGCAGCUUGCUUUCUCCGCAGCACUCGGCAUUACCUUGGGAAUAUUUCCAAUUUGCGGUGUUCCUGUGUUUCUAUGUGGAGUAGCUAUUGCAUUUCUUGGAUCUGCUUGUCAUGCUCCAACCGUCAUGUUGGCUAACAUCAUUGCCACUCCUGUAGAACUAGCUCUGGUGGUGCCUUUCCUACGACUUGGUGAAAAAGUCACCGGUGGUCCUCAUUUUCCUUUGACAUCAGAUGCCCUUAAGAAGGUUUUCACUGGCCAAGCCUCCCAGGAAGUCUUUUUAAGCAUUGGUAAUGCGUUACUAGGGUGGCUUGUAGCAACUCCAUUUUUCUUUAUUGCGCUAUACGUUGUGUUGAUGCCAUGUUUCAAAAUCCUGGUCCAUAAGUUUGGCGCCGUUUCUUCAACCCCAAAGACACCUACAAGCAUUGACAUAGAGCUCAACCCAAAGCCAAGAUUCGCUUGAAUUCAACAAACCUCAUUGUUCUGCUAUCAACACGAAACCCUUGAAGUGUAACACUAAUGUAUAGGGUAUACACAGCUUGCAUUGUCAGAUCCUUACACUAUUUGCUUAAAACCUCCUUUUGGAAACGUCAUUCACCGGAUAUUUUGGUGAUUACAUAUGGAAUCAAACAUAAGCAUAAAGUUCAUUUGUAUGUUUUUCUUUU